GAGCGUGAAGCGCCGCAGGUCUGGGGGGGGCGGAGCGUGAUCUCCCGCUGGGCGGGCAAGUGGGUGACAGGGACGCGCGAGUGGCUAACCCUGCGUGGGACCCCUCUCCAGCGGUUGGGGUUGAGGGGGCCGCGAGCCCACUGGCCCCGGACCGGCUAAGGUGGCUUGGCCGAGGGGCGGGCUUCGCUGGCCCUGACCCUGUGACUAAGGGGGUCGCCAGUGAUGCUUGGCAGCGGCCUGGGGAAGGUCAGUCAGCGAGACGUCGGAGGUGGGGAAGACCCAGGGUGUGGCCCCGAGCUGCAUAUCUGCCUGCAGCCUCUGUUCAUCCAGGUCCCUGACUCUCCUCCCCUUGGUGGCCAGGCACCUCGGCUCCAGAUCCAUCCGUGUCUCACCCAGUGACCCAGAUGCGGUUUGUUAAAAGUCCUUGGAAAAGAAUGGGUUAUGAUAUUGAGCGUUUUGUUGGCUAUGUUAAUGAAGGACUUCUUUGCUGUAUAUGUCGAGAUGUAUUAGAAGAUCCCUUACAGGCUCCUUGUGAACAUGCUUUCUGUACUGCCUGUAUACAUGGAUGGCUUGUUCAUCACAGUAACUGCCCAGAAGACAGACAAGUACUUGAUAUGUCUGUGCUACGACCUCUCUACAGAUACAUGAAAAAUGAUCUAAAUCGACUUCAGCUUCAUUGCAAAAACAGCGAGCAUGGUUGUGAAAUGGUUUGUUCUCUAGAAUCUAUAGACAGACAUGAGAGAGAAUGUGAAUACGGCCAGAUAUCCUGCUCUAAUGCUGGUUGUCCAGUUCAGAUUGAACGCCGUAAUUUAGAUGGCCAUUUGACAGUGUGUGAAUACAGGAGCCGUGAAUGCCCUAAUGGUUGUGGUUACACCAUUCUCAGGGUAGAAGAUGCACAGCAUAAUUGUGUAGCAGAGCUAAGAACAGAACUAGAACUGCUCCGGUCAGAAAUGAUCUGCAGAGUGGAGGAGGCAAAGCAUGAAAUGGAGUCCAGAUUAGAUUCACAGAGAAGGCAUAUGGUGCAAAAAGAGAGUCUUCUGCAAAAUGAAAUUGAAGAACUCAAGAGUCAGAUGUCACGAAUGAUGUCCGAUGUGCGCUCCCUGAUGGCUGCAGAGAGACAGCAUCGCCAAGAGCUGGAGCAAGCAGAUCUUGAAAAGCGUGAAUUAAUGGAGUUGCUGAAAGGCCUACAGAAAGACUGCCGAUUAAAUAAUACAGAGGGAAACAAGAAAUCAGCCAACUUUCGUCCUCUCACACGACUGGAAAGUGUGAAACGAAAACCCAGGGAAGUCACAGUCAUCUAAAGAGAGUCUAAAGCUACUUGAAUGUUGCAUUACCCACAACAGACCUCCAUUUUUUUUACAAAGGAAAUAUGGUCGGGUGGACUUCUGUGUUGAUACUAACGUCUGAAACUAUACAAUGGCAAUAAUAGACCCAUGGAUUUUGAAUCAUGGGGUUUCUUUCAUUUGAGGAGUGCAGGACAUGAUAGAAAUUUGGAGAGAUCAGCUAUGGCAAUCAGACUGAGUGAAACCCACUAGCCUAAUAUCUGAACUGUAUGUAUGAUGAGAGAGCCCCAUGAUGUUACAACAGUUUAUGCAAGUGUCCAUGCUAGUUUGGUUAUUUUUUCCUACUGAAUUUAGUACUAACAUAUUGAAAGAAACAAGUAGAAUGUUAGUGAGUGCAGUAAGUCUGUCUUGGAAGAAUUGGCACUUAACUAAUAAGACUUGAGGAUACCACUAAUCUAAUUUUAUUAAUUUAAUGUAUUCUAGUUUUACUUUUUCAAACUAAGCCAAUAACUUGAAAAUAUGUGCUGACUCAAUUUAAGACACAGCCCUCACUGGCUCUUGUACCAUCAAUGCCCA